AACUAGCAACAAUAACACAUUGUCCUAUAAUGCCUUCACAGUCAUUGACAAUAAAACUGUCUACAAUUCCACAACACCAAGCAACAAUCACACAGCACUGUAUAUUGCUACAACAGCCAGUUACUUAAUGGAACACAAUACAACAACUAGCAACAUUCAUACUACAGGCCAAACAUCCAACAGGAGUUACUUACCAAAAAGCAAUGCUACGAGCAGCACCUAUUUAACAGAGCACCAAGUUACAACCAGAAACAAUCAUACAACAGGCUAUGAAGCUACUCAACCUAGCAUCAAUUUGACAACCCCACACAAACCAAACACGUCAAGCAACAAUUACACAACAAAUCCAAACAUAGCAACCAUCUCCAGCAAUUUUACAAAUAUGUAUAAUACUACAACUGCAUCACCCAAUAAUAACCCAACUAGCAAAGCUGUAGCAGUACACAACACAACUAAACAUGACGAUUCCACCACUUUGUACACUACAACUAAGUCUCCCAUCAAUUACACAACAGCAACUGAACCUUCUCAUAAGGCAACGACUUUCUUCAACGUGACUAUUGCACCAGUUGUAGAACCACAACAAAACACAACCUCUGCCAAAAGCACAACAGUUGUAGCAGCUACGACAAAAGUUACCAAUACUACGCAUCCACACUUUAUUACAGAGAGUAGGACUUCAGUUUUUGACAACACAAAACCAACAGAAGCUUCUUUUAUUAACCGGACUGAAAACCAGACCACAGUCAGUGUGACUCACUUGACAACUGUACACAAAAAUGACAGCAGCUCCACCGCAGUUGUCAGCACUAUUCAAGAGAAUAAACCACCAAGUUACAACUCAGCGACUCCUGUCAUUGCUGCCACUGCAUCUACAACUACGACCACUCACAAUCCAACAAAUAAAAGCACAACUACAACUAAAGCGUCUUCAUCCUCUACGAAAGCAACUCUCCCAACCACCCAAACUACAACAACCACAGUGGCCAGAACUACUUUGACAUCCACUGUGAAUUCCAGUACAUUUGCAAAAAGUAAGGAGGAGCAGGCAAAUCAGUUGUUGAAUCAAACAGAAGAUGUGUCUAAGCUAAACUCUUCUCAGGUGUCUAAAUUGUUGGAUGACCUGGAGGAAAUUCUGGCGGGCCCAACUGUAUCUCAAUCAGUGGGACAAAAAGUCCUUGAUUUCAUAAGCAGCCUCAUCAAUGGUGACCCAGAGGUUCUGUCCGGAUCAACAAAUAGACUGAUUCAUAUGGUCGAUAAUUUGGCUCUUAAGCUGGAAGUCGCCAAUGACAUCGCCGUCUUGUCCUCAGCCUCUCUGGUUCUGGCAGUAAAGACAGUGGACUGGACCAACUUUCCUCAAACCUCUGUGGAGAUUUUAGACAUCAAUGAUGUACAGCUCCGAGGUGUCAGGAGGUCCCGGGUCAAAAGGUCAGCUCCUGCUCUGGGUUCAGUUGACUUGCCCUCCUCCCUAACAUCGGGUCUCAGUCAUGAAGAGAAGCAGCAGGCCAGCAGAGUCCAGUUCACUUUCUACAAAAAGAAUUCCCUCUUUAAGGAUUCCGGUUUAGACAACCGAACGGCUGUCAGUCCAGUUCUCGGGUCCAGUGUGGCUAAUCUGUCCAUCAGCAACCUGAAGGAGAACAUCACGUUUACCAUCACUCACAGCAAUUUAACUCAAGAUAACGUCACAUCAUGUGUCUUCUGGAAUUUCACAAAGAAAAGCGGUUCGGGGGGCUGGGAUGAUACCGGCUGCUUCGUGGUCAGCGCCACUCCUGAAUACACAACCUGCAGCUGCAAUCAUCUCACCUCCUUUGCGAUACUGCUGGAUUUAUCCAGAGAGGGAAUACCUGACCCUCAGCAGGCAAUGAUUUUGACUUUCAUCACCUACAUUGGAUGUGGAAUAUCUGCGGUUUUUCUAGCCGUCACCCUGAUAACAUAUAUGUUAUUUGAAAAACUCCUCCGCGACAUUCCAGCCAAGAUCCUGGUUCAGCUCUGCUUGUCCCUUCUGCUGCUCAACCUGGUCUUUCUGCUGGACGGCUGGCUGUCCAGCUAUGAAAACGUCAACCUGUGCAUCAGCACUGCCUUUUUCCUGCACUACUUCCUGUUGUCCUCGUUCACGUGGACGGGGCUUGAAGCGCUGCACAUGUACCUGAGCAUCGUGCGCGUGUUCACGCCCUACCUGAGUAAAUACAUGCUGAAGUUCUCCCUGAUGGGUUGGGGUAUUCCUCUCAUUGUGGUGGUCAUUAUUGUAGCAGUGGACAAAAACAACUACGGUCUGGUUCCAAAUGGAAAAUACGAAGAUGGGACGUCUGACAAGUUCUGCUGGCUGCGUAACGACAUCGCCUUUUAUGUGGGCGUGGUCGCCUACUUCCUCCUCAUUUUUGUCUUGUGUCUGGCGGUCUUCAUCGUCGUUAUGGUCCAGCUGUCCCGGAUCAAGAAGCAGAACCCUCACAACCAGUCUCCCAACCGGAGCUCCAUGACCGACAUCAGAAGCAUCAUCGGCCUUGUCCUGUUGCUCGGCCUCACCUGGGGCUUCGCUCUGUUUGCCUGGGGAGAAGCCAGGCUCGCCUUUUUAUACCUGUUCACCAUAUGCAACUCUCUGCUAGGUUUGUUUGUCUUCGUUUUCCAUUGUGCGGUAAAGGAAAAUGUCCGCAGGAUGUGGAAGACGUUUCUGUGUUGCGGAAAUAUGCGUCUGGCUGAGAACUCAGAAUGGAGCCGGACUGCCGUACAGAACAAGUUGUCGGCGGCUACGGCUACAUCGGCUAAUCAACACAGCAACCGUAGCUCCUCCUUUGGCAGCAACCUCACCAGCAGCAACAGUUCUGUGUUUGUGGACAGCGGAAUAUCGGAAAGCUCCAACAGCAACGUUGUCCUCAUUGAGUUUCGCUGGCGGAGCCCGUCUCUGCAAGGCGAACCCUGAUGGGAAGAGAUUAGUGAGGCUGGAAGCUAAUUGUAGAUGAAGUCUUUUAAGAGGUUGAAUGAAGGAGAAAAAUAUUUCAAAGCAGAGGAAGACUGAAAAAAAGACAACUUCUACAGGAAAGCAAGACAUGUCAUUUCCACAAUUAAAUUAGAUAAAUAGACAGACAGAUGACUAAAUAUUUAUUUUUUAAUAAUGCAGGAAGAACAUUAGAAGAGGUAUGGCUUGUUUAUGAUUAGAGCUGAGACUCAAUCGUUUAUCUGCAAGUAAGAUGACAACUGUAAUAGGAGCAUUUUAGCAGUUUGACUGUCAUGAUGCUGCUUUGCUGUCAAUAAAUUUACAUAAUCAUAAUAAAACUGUGCCAAACUCAA